UGUUCCUGUUCCAGAGCUAGAAACGACACAAAACAAGGUUUCCAUCAACCAUCGAACGUCCUUCUCUUCCUCCAAAAUGUCCGAGAACGUCGCUCGCCUGAACCAAUUCAAGAACAAAGGCAAAGACACUAACGAGCUUCGACGCAGGAGGGCAGAGGUGAACGUGGAGCUUCGAAAGGCAAAGAAAGAUGACCAGAUCUUCAAAAGGAGGAAUGUGUCCACAGAUCCGGAAGAGGCCACUUCUCCCCUCCAGGAAAGGACCCAGAACUGUCAGGCUGCGAGGCAGUGGACGGUGGAGGAGAUUGUUACAGGAGUGAACAGCAGUGAUCCUGAGACCCAGCUCCAGGCCACCCAGGCUGCACGAAAACUGCUGUCUCGCGACAAACAUCCCCCCAUCGAUCAGAUGAUCAGCGUUGGGCUGAUCCCCAAGUUUGUGUCCUUCCUCGGCCUUACGGCGUAUCCUCCCAUCCAGUUCGAGGCGUCCUGGGCUCUGACCAACAUCGCCUCCGGGACGUCUGAUCAGACGGCUGCUGUGGUGGAGAGCGGUGCCAUUCACGCCUUCGUUAGCCUGGUCACAUCCCCCCAUCAGCACAUCAGCGAGCAGGCAGUCUGGGCUCUGGGAAACAUUGCCGGUGAUGGGUCGGCUCUCAGAGACAGGGUGAUUAAACACGGAGCUGUGGCACCUCUGCUAAGUCUGCUGGCAGUUCCUGACCUCACUGUGUUUACUCCUGGCUAUCUGAGAAAUGUGACCUGGACCCUCUCAAACCUCUGUCGGAACAAGCACCCCUCUCCUCCCAUGAGUGCAAUCCAACAGAUCCUGCCUUCUCUCAUCCGCCUCCUGCACCACCACGACCUGGAGGUGUUGGCUGACGCGUGCUGGGCUGUGUCCUACCUGACGGAUGGCUCUAAUGACCGCAUUGACGUGGUGGUCAAGACUGGUGUGAUCCCUCGCCUGGUCAAGCUGCUUGGCUUUCAGGAGCUGUCUGUGGUUACUCCGGCGCUGCGUGCCCUCGGGAACAUUGUGACUGGCACAGAUGAGCAGACUCAAGCCGUGCUCGAUGCUGGAGCCCUGUCCAUGUUCCCACAGCUGAUGCGCCACAAAAGGCCCAGCAUCCAGAAGGAGGCGGCCUGGACUCUGUCCAACAUCACAGCAGGGAGGGACGCUCAGAUCCAGGAGGUCAUCGACGCAGGCCUCAUUCCUUACAUGGUUGAGCUGCUUGUGCGGGGUGACUACAAAACUCAGAAAGAGGCUGUGUGGGCUGUUACAAACUUCACCAGCGGGGGCACUGUUCAGCAGGUGGUGUUCCUCGUCCAAGCCAACGUGCUGGAGCCUCUCCUGAACCUGCUCUCCUCCAAGGACAGCAAGACCGUCCUCGUCAUCUUGGACGCAAUAACUAACAUCUUCCUGGCUGGAGAAAAAAUCGGUGAGUCGGACAAGCUGAGUCUGAUGAUUGAAGAAUGCGGCGGACUAGAUAAGAUUGAGGCGUUGCAGUCUCAUGAGAACGAAAUGAUCUACAAAGCUGCCCUCAACCUGAUCGAGAAGUACUUCUCUGAGGAGGAGGAGGAGGUGCAGAGCGUGGCACCUGAAGCCACCGAGGACGGUUUUGCCUUCCAGAUCAGUGAAAACCAAAGCACUUUCAAUUUCUAGAUGACUUUCUGUCUUCUCCACUCUGUG